AUGUUGGAUGCCAACCGAGACGUAGGAGGACGAGAGCCGAGACAUGGUCGGGAUGAUGGUCCCAGAGACGAUCCGAGGCCCCCUCGGGAUCAAGGAGUGGUAGGAGAAAUCCAUACUAUUGCCGGAGGAAUAGCCGGUGGAGGACAGUCUAAUUCGGCCAGGAAAGCCCAUGCUAGGAAGACACAGACCGAGGAAGUCUUUACAGUGCAAAGACCGUCCAAAGUUGCAAAAAAGGAUUCAGUGAUCCUUUCUUUCUCUGAAGAAGACGCUAAGGGGGUAAUGCCGCCCCAUGAUGAUCCGCUAGUCGUAACAGUGACAGUGGCCAACCAUAUGAUCCACAGAAUUUUGGUGGACAAUGGAAGCUCGGCCGAUAUACUGUACUGGCCAAUUUUUAAACAAAUGGGUAUCGAUCGUGAUAGGAUCACACCAUUUAGCUCUCCCUUGGUUGGAUUUGCAGGAGAGCAGGUCCAGCCGAUUGCUCUUAUUUCACUCCCUGUAACGGCAGGGACAGCACCUAAGCAGAAAACUGUGAUGGUAGAUUUUCUGGUUAUUGACCGACCAGGUGCCUGCAAUGCCAUUAUUGGUAGACCUGCUUUGAAUAAGUUAAAGAGGGUCUCGGAUCCGACUCCUAUUGUAAUUGGUACAGUAGGUGGGAAUAAUAGGAAUGACCCUAAGGGAGAGCCAGCUGAACCUCUGGAGGAUGUGGUAGUAAGUGGAGACAAGACUUUGAAGAUUGGGACGCAGCUCAGUCCCAGAAUCCAAGACGACCUCAUCAUCUUCUUUAGAAGGAAUUUAGAAGUUUUUGUGUGGACUCUUGAAGAUAUGUCGGACAUUGAUCCAGACGACAUUCUCCACCAGCUAAAUGUGGAUCCAAGUGUGAAACCAGUGAAGCAAAAAAGAAGAAAGUUCGCCCCUGAACGAAAUGUGGUCAUAGCAGAAGAAGUGGAGAAACUUCUCAAGGCUUGUUUCAUCGAAGAAGUAUAUUAUCCCGAUUGGUUAGCCAUUGUAGAAUUGGUCAAAAAGUCCAAUGGGAAGUGA